GAUAGGCCUAAAAAUCAUGUUCAAUGAAACGCAAACUAGCGACAAAAACGUACAAAGAAAAGUACAAGAUCGUGAAGUUUUGCGAAGACAAUCCUGGGAUGCAAAAGGUGGAUCUGGCUCAGAAGUUUGGCAUUCCCUGAGGAACCUUGUUCGACAUCCUGAAGAACAAGGACAAAAUCAGCAGAGUCGUGCAGGCGGGUGAAUCUGGCGGUGUCGAUGGGGCUGUAGUCAACAAUUGGAAAGAAAGGCAACUGCAGUUACUACUAGAGAAGUACCGACCAGAGGACAUUUAUAAUGCCGACGAAACUGGACUCUUCUGGCAGAUGCUCCCGGAAAACUCCCUCAAUUUUAAAGGAGAGUCUCACCACGGGAGAAAAGAAAACAAAGUGCAAAGAACUUUACUUGUUUGUGCCAAUAUGGAUGGCUUGGACAAGCUCCCCAUUUAUGUCAUUGGCAAGAGUGAAAAACUACGCGCAUUCAAAAAAGUACGUCACUUGCCAGUUACCUACACUGCCAAUAAGAAGGCUUGGAUGAUGUCUGAUUUCUUCGACAAGCGGCUGAAAAACCUGGAUAACCAGAUGGUACGUGAAGGACGGAAGAUUGCCAUGGUCGUGGAUAAAUGCCCAGCCCACCCUCAAAAUGAAUGCGACAACAUCGAACUGGUAUUUUUACCGCCGAAUACCACAAGCUGCACCCACCGAGGGAUGGUGGUGUCUUCAUGAACUUGAACCCACCGCCUGGAGGCAGCUGAGGGAAAUUCCCCCUUCAAAUGGGAUCUCCUUGACGCCCUUUUUGCAGUCAAGAAUGCAUGGCGUCAGGUCACUCAAGCUACUGUUGCUAACUGCUUCCGGGGAGUUGGCUUUGUUUACCCUGACGAGACAGGCCCAGCAGAAACUCCAUCUACCGAUGAUGCUCUGCUGCAAAACGAAGGAGAAGCACGUCAGUUCCGAAACAUCUGGGACAAUCUAGCAGACAUCCUCGGCCAGGAUAAGAUACCAUCACUUGCAGACUAUGUGGAUAUUGAUGCGGAGGUUGGAGGCAACACCCAGCAACUCACGGAGGAGGAAAUCAUUGAAUCAGCGAGGUCCAGAAAUGCCAACUCGGAUACGGAGGUUGAAGAUGCUGAAUGCACUGGCGGUGUUGAUGAGGUCCCCGGUGAUCCUGUACCACCUCCUUCUAUCCGUGAAGCUCUUGAUGUUAUUAGGCACUUUGCUUUGUCCACAGAAGUUUUCCAGGAAAAUCUGAUAGAUUUGGGAGAUUGCUUGGAAACCUUUCUUAUGGCUCAGAUGCCCAUGAGAAUGAAACAAUCGCAAAUCACUGAUUUCUUUUGAAGGGACAGUAUGUAGGCCAAAAUGGUUUUCAAUUAUUGUAUCUUCCCAUUCACAACGUGAAUUUACAAAUGUGUAAUGAAAUUCGACAGUGUUCCAUACUUUGCCAAACACAACUUGAAAAGAGGUAGGCCUGGGCCUUAUGUUGUCUCUUUUUCCCCCCGAAGUUGUGCAGUACAAGUAUACGAGGCAACUGAAUGAAAAACGUGGGAAACUUUUAAAGAUGAAGCAUUGUUAGCCAUUUGCUGUUGAAACAUUCCUUCUCAUAAUGUAAAAAUAAUAGUGUUUUUGAACGCAUAAUUUACUAGUGUUGUCAAACUUACCCAACAGAAAUAAAUUUAAGUUUUCAGAGUAAUUUUUGAAGUUAGUUGGGUCAAUAACGCAUGGCAACAAAUAAGUUCAGGUACUACAUGAAAAGGAAAGGUGCAAGGGAGAACAUGUAAUUCCAAUUUUAAAGCUUUUUUUUUUCUUUUGUGUUAGACUGCUUUUUAUUUGCAACAAAAUACACCACCCACAUGCGCAAUAGAGACAGGCUUGCUGGUAUACUACCGCUCAACUGUGAGCACAUCAAUACCAGUAACCCCUCUAGUGCUACACGCGUGCGCUCUGUCCAUCUUGGGGGUUGCCUUAUUGAAUGAACUUAACCAAUUUGUGUUCGGAUGAGUGUGUUUUCUGUACCGUAACUGUAUAAUGUACAUGUAUAUCUGCCAAACUGGGUGAUGCUGUGGGUUUCAGCUUGCAUCAAUCACCAACCCUGUUGUAUAGCUGCAGUCAGUGAGCUGUACCGGGCAGCUUGUCAGGCUAUCGUUUCAACUCCUUGAAUCUUUCACAAGUACCCCCCCGUCCUAUGCCUGCAUGUUGACCUGAUAACACUGCACAUGAACUUGUAUGUCAUCUUUUAUGGGCCUGUUCAGUUCUACUGCACCCUGUGUUGGUGGUGUGUCCAUGUUUUUUUCAAAACAGAAUCUCCAAACUGACAGGCACUAUUUGAAAUGCACUACAUGUAUUUGGGAAUAGGGCACCCUGCCAACUAGGAUUGUGGAUCAUAUCAAGUUGGAUGUUUGGAAGCAAACAUGGUGCAUGCUGCAGGAUCUGCAAGGAUCAUCGCAGGACUGUCCUGGGAUGUUCAACUGGGAUUACUUUGUUGGAACGCAUGCUGAUUUUAAUCAAGAACACACAGGUGCAUUUUGGGGAGGGAAUUUCUUUCCACAUGGACAUGGGCUGCAUUGUAAACAGCCCUACCGCACAGAAAAAUAAAAUGCCAUCGGAAAAUUGUGUUCAGUAAGCCUAACUUUCACUUGACUGAAACGCAUGGUAAGAUUGAAAUGUUUUACACAAAUGCAUACAUAAGACCAGAGUGACACACAUUCAAGUUGGUUUAACAGAAAUUUAUUGGGCAUCUUCUCACAGGUAACACAUCAAUACAUGAACUGUUGAAUUCUAGUCUACUUUAUAGAAGUAUUGUUGGGGGAAAAAACUACCUACAAGUAUUUGAAAAGAAACCCUGUUAUUUCCCUAACUGCAAUGCUAUUACACCUGCCUCCCUCCCCCCCAAAAAAA